AUGCUUACUGGCUUCAUUCGAAAGACUCUGGUGCCUGACUUGCUCGAACGUUUCGCUGAACAAACAACCACGGAGCAUGUCUUGGCUUGGAAAGAACGUCUGGUCGAGCAUCAUGUUACAGCCACAGAUGUGUCAGAGAUAGGAAGCGGUAGUAUGCCUUCUCUUCUUCUUGCCUUGAUCUUUGCAAGCGUUGACGUCAACACAAGGAGCACAGCCAUCAAGACGUGCUCUGCCCUGUGUUCUCGUGGAUCAGCACGACCAGAUCGCCCCAGUCUUCAAGAUCUAGUCGAGAGAGUUGUUGGACUAUACUUGGAGAGGAAUCACGAGUCACUCGGAGACUUCGCUCAGAAUAUCCUACCGGUCAUCCUAAACGACAAACACAGGUUUGCAGCUUUUGCAACACUGCAUGCAAGGUCUUGUUGCGACAGCGAGGCACGUUUAGCCCUCUUUCUUUCUACGUUGCGUGUCGGAGUGUCAAAAAGUUUGUUGUCUGAAACAGAAACCAUCUCGAUCUUCAAUUCUGCCUUCCCAGAAGAUACCUCUGCUACCAAUCAAGACCCAUAUCAUUGGUUCCCACACUUAUUCAAGCUGGCAAGCUCAGAAAUUCGAAUAUUGACAUACGGACUCUUGACAGCAUCCUCUGCUUCUAAUUCGAUUGUCCCAGAGCCCGCUCUAAAUUGCAUCAUUUUGGGGUUGAAACAUCUUCACAAUGAUGCUGAUGCCCACGAAAGAGGAGAAAUCAUGAGUAUAACAAAGAGAUUUCUAAAAAGAAUCCAGACUGGGAGCUCGGCACUACUAAAACAGAAACAGAACAGCUUCGUCUUGGAAGCCGACUUAGUUGUUGCUUCGUAUGGCCUUUUUACCUCGACUUACUACUACUUCUUACGAGCGGAGUUGAACAGUGGUAUCUCGUACCCACGCCACAUACUCGCCUUACAAUCGCUCCAAUGCCUUCUUGACUCCAGAUUAGAGAUCCACACAUUCUCAAGUGACUGUGAGCUUAUGAAGUCUCUGUGCAAUCUUUGUUUGGACCCGUUUGAGGAUGUCCGACAAGCAUCGGCAGCUAUCCUCCAUGUUCUUGCCUCGGAAACGGCAGAAACGCUAUCUUUGGUUGUCAAUCUUGGGCUGCUGCAAGGUGUAGAAUCCCUAGUCGUUCAGACUUGCAGAAGCGAUCAUGCAGACGGGAUGGGAAGGCUCUGGGCGUUACGAUCGCGUCUCGAUUGCAUACUUCAAUUUGAGCAAAAUUCCUCCGAGACAACAUUGUCGAGGUGUAUAACGCAGCUAGAAGCUCAAUUAUCUAUAGUGGGAGGCUUGCAACCCGGAUCAACCUACCCUUUACAUGGGCACUUACUAGGCUUGAAUUUUCAGCUCCGCGACUUCAGAGCCAACGACAGGGAACGUCUGAACUUCGACGCUGCGCGGAUUUUGAGAAUAUGUCGUCAAGCCUGGGAUCAAGUCAGAUCCCAGUUGUGUGUCGAUUCUCCAGAAAGGACUUCAGAUUUGACCGAGGACGACGGCACUCAAGGCCCAAAGGAUAUGCUCGCUUAUUCCUGGAGAGCGUUGCGCGAUUCAAGCCUUGUUCUUCAAUCGUUGCUUUUGGCAUCUGAUUAUAAUAAAGAUCUAUAUGCGUCUAUUGGGUCCCUCUGCAUGGAUCAACUAAUGUCACUCCGACAUAGAGGUGCAUUCUCGACAGUGGCAAAUACUUUCCUGCUAUGUUGCGAGACAGUUCGUGCCGCAACCGAAGCUAGUGUCCGCGGUCUUCUCCAGGAGUGGUACAAGAUCGCUUUAGUACAAAUCGAUGAACAAGCUGAUCGCCUCACACGCCGCUCUGCCGGGCUGCCGGCAAUGAUGACAGCGUUGCUCAGUCCGUCCGACGUGACCUUUUUCUCUUCAGCAGUAACAGAUCUGACGAGUAUUGCCAUACGAACACCGGAGGAAACCCGUUCGGAUGGAGAAGAACCCAGGUUACCUCAAGUGCAUGCCCUGAAUAUUCUCAAAGACAUCAUGACAACAUCAAGGUUUGCAUCUGUCGUAGUUCACUUCUUAUCGUCGAUAAUUGAACUAGCGGCCUCCUGUCUCACUUCUAAAAUCUGGGCCAUCAGGAAUUGUGGUCUGAUGCUCCUGAGAGCUUGCAUCAAUCGCCUGGAUACCUCCAACGUGCACGACAACGCUGAUACAAUAGACUCGACGGGAUCCGGCUUCAGAGAGACUUCCUCCUCAGUUGCUAUCCGCAUGCUCCAUUCAGCACAACAUAUGCCCGGUAAUGCACCUAAUAUGGCGAUUAAUCCUGCCGAACUCGUAUUUGCAGCACUGGAUCUCCUUGGACAUGGCAAGGUCACGACCAAUAAAGCUUCAGAGAUUGAUAUGGCUAUCGCUCGAGAGUUGUCGAACCCAGCCUGGGCUGUACGAGACCAUGCAGCGUUCCUGAUGGCGCAUCGUUUAUACCCUCUGGGCCCCAUGUCAGCUGUUCAGAAGUUGUUCGAAGCGACUGCGACCAUUUCAUGCGAGAACGUUACCCAUGGACGCUUGCUCUGUUGCAGAUACAUUAUGGAGGCGGGAGCCAAAAGUUUGAAUAGCAAUGAACUAAGUUCCCUGUUGGCGUCCAUCGGGAAAGACUUUGCACCAAGCAGCACGGGAAUAAGGUGGUCUCCUUAUGUCAAUGCGGCGUGGCUGGAUAUUCUCAAUGAUGCCGGCGUACUUAUCUGGCACCACAAGUGGCCAACCCACAUGCUCUGUAUGCACCAGUUCCCAAACAAAUUGGACCCAUUGCAGAGCAGUAAGUCUGUUCAUGACCCUUUCUUGACGCAAAGACUUCUGCUGCACGAAGCAUUUUGCUACAUGUUCUCUGAUGCGACUGCGUCCGAGACAGAGACUAGGCGAGCUUUCGUAUGCCAGUUUACGGACGACCCAGAAGUGCUGCGCGCCUUCCUGGACACGGUACAUGAGAAACUUAGCGACAAACCAGCCUCUACCUUGAUUCAGUUAUUGGUAUCUGUGAUCAACGAGAAUUAUAUUGCGCUUAUGGGUCAGCCAGAUGUACUCGAGAUGGCAUUCGCUUGCUUAGAACGCUGCCUUGCUUCCGCCAUCGAAUCUGAUCUCGACUUGUUGAAGCCCCUUUCCGACAGAAUCAAAAUCCAAGAACUGGCAACGUCCAGAGACUUGUGGACCACGGCUUUGAGACUGGAGGCACACUUGUUAAGGCAUUUCAUGUCGGAGCAAAUGGCUGAUCCUACUACUAUGAAGCGCACCCGAUUAUGGCUCGACGCUCUUGAAUAUGCCUCGAUGGACUAUCUUGAGUUCUCUGCGAGGUUGAGCGCCGCCGUUGCGCUAUCUACUUACCUGAGGGAUUUCAAAUGUGCCAUGAAGACCCCCGAUGAGAAUGAAUUCUGGCCGCGAUUACUUGUCAUCAUUUACGAUCUGUUGAACGAUGACGAUGAAGAGGUGCGUGCCGAAGCUGUCACAGCUGCGAAGAAUCUGAAUUUGCGACACGUGCUUGUCAUCGAAGAUCUGGGGCUUUGUCCCCUAGCGAUGAGAGAAGUUCUUAUCGACCUACUGUGCCAGGAGGAUGGACGAAUGUUUUACCCGACAGAGGCUACACUAGGCAAAAUUUUGCGCAUUGGGCGGGAUAUUCGGGGUAGUCUUGACGGUGAAAGUAUCUUGCAUCUGGUCAAGAAGCCGGUAUCGUCAAGAAUCACUGAGAUUCUUAAGUCAAAGAAUGAUCUAUUCGCCGAGGAGAGGCAGAAUCUUUACAUCGAUGAUGUGCGGGAGCUCAAUAUUUGGACAAAAAUACUAUGCCGGUCCUCUAUGGGCCUCUUACCAUCAAGUCGACUUCAGCUUGUGUUGCAAUGGACAUCUGAAGGGCUUGACCAGAUCGUGAACUUGAUUAGGGGUGCGAAAACCUCAUCCACCCGCUCGACAUUUGUACAUCCACUUGGAGUUACAUAUGAUCACGAACUUUUGGUGGUGAUUGUACAGGUUGUAAGUCUUUCGGGUGUACUCCUACGCAGUGGAGCAAAUGGCAUACCCCGGGAUGAAUUGCACGGAAAACUGGAGCACCUUGACCAGUCAUGUCACAAUGUACAAGGCAAUGCGGUAGUUACUGAAGCAGUGAAUUGGGCACUGAGAAUGUCGGAGUGA